AUGAUUUUAUCGUUUCCGUUUAAUAUCAUAAGAUAUAAAAUAAAUCAUGCCAUUUUAAAAAAUGAAAAGAUAUUAGUAAAAUAUUUUCAAACGGAAAAGAAAAGAUUUGGAGAAUUACACCAACCUAGGACAAGACAUGAAAAGAAAUAUCACCUUGAUAUUCUUGACGAAGUAUAUUUUGAUAUGACAGAAGCUAUAGAAGAAAAAAAUAAAUUAGAAAGAGAAGAAUAUAAUAACAUAGAUAAAAAUAUUUCAGAUAUCAUUUUAAAUUAUAAUAUUAGUAAAAAAAAUGAAAUUAUUAAAAGUUUAAUGAGAUAUAGUAUUGAAAUAAAAAAAAAAAAUAAAAAUAAAAAUAAUAAUAAUAAUAACAAAAACAAAACACUCAAUAUGAUAAAUAAGGACAACAAUAUAAAUAAUAAUCAGGGGUAUCAAAAUCAAACCAUUUGUUUUAAUAAUAAUAACAAAGAUAAUAAGGAGGAUAAUAUAUUUCCAUUAAUUAAAAGUAAUAUUAAAGAUUAUAGCCACCACUUCAAUACUUGCGAAAUAGGUAUCAUUUUGAAAUGCUUUCUUAAAAUAAAUAUUCAUGAUAUAGAAAUUAUUAAUACCUUAUUACAUCAAUAUUUUAAAAGAAAUAUGAAAUUUUCUAUAUAUGGUUCUCUAUAUGUUUUAAAUUUUUUUUCAAAAUGUGCAUCUCUAUUAUUACCAUAUAAUAUGAAUAAUUUAAAAUUAUUAUGUUCAGAUAUAUUAAAAAAAAUACACCUAUUUGAAUUUAAGAACAUUUGUAUAAUAUGUAAUUAUGCCUCUUCCUUAUAUUUACCAACCAAUAAAAUGUUUAUUCAUAAUUUUAUUGAAAAAAUUUGUACUUAUUUAUUAAAUGAGAAAAAAGAACAUUUCUCUUCUUCUGCAGAUUCUAUACAUUAUAUAUGUAAUGCAUGUGCAAGAGUUCAUUUUUUUAAUAAAGAAAUAUUCAAUUUCUUAAAAAUAGAAAUAGAAAAAAAUAUAUCCUCGUUCUCAUUAGAUCAAUUAGUAUCCUUAUGUAAUGCAUAUAGUAAAUUUAAAAAUGCAGAACAAUCGAAUUAUUUAUCAUUAUUCUUAUUAUUAGCAGAUCAUAUUAUAAACAAAUCAUAUCAAAUAACAUCUAGACAUUUGAGUGUCCUUGCUAAUUCUUUUAACAAUGCUUGUAUACUACAUGAAAAAUUAUUUUAUAUUAUUACACAAGAAAGUCUUAAUCAAAUCAAUUCUUUUCAACCUCAACAAUUGGUUAUGCUUAUACAUGCAUAUGUUAAUAUCGGAUUAAUAAAUAAUAAAUUAUUAUAUCAUAUUUGGGAAAAAGCAUAUCAAUAUAUCAAUGAAUAUACUCUUCAAGAAUUAUCUAUGCUUAUACAAGCAUACACAAAAAGUUCCCAACAUAUCGAUUCAUUUUUUAAUAAACUUUGUCGUACAAUAUAUAUUUCUAUAAUAGCCAAAUAUCCAUUCCUAGAAGAAAAAAAAAUUAACAAUAAUUAUGAGGAGAACACUAAAGGGGAUAUGCAAAAUGAUAAUGUUAAAAAGGAUAAUGUUAAAAAGGAUAAUGUUAAAAAUGAUAAGGUUAAAAAUGAUAAGGUUAAAAAUGAUUAUGUUAAAAAUGAUUAUAUAGACAAUAAAUAUAUGGAUAAUCAUUUUAAUGAUAAUAUCUAUAAUGCCCAUCACUACCAAUACAAUAAAUAUAUGAAGUACCUACACAUUUUAAAGCAAUAUAUACAAUACGAUCUUUCAUAUAACACUUUAGACGAUAAAAGUUCAAAACAAGCAGAACUUAUUUUUUAUGUUAUAUACAAUAACAAGAAUCACAACGAUUUUGUACAUAAAUCUAAGAAUAAUUUCAUAGAAAAAAAAAUAAAAGAUCAUACUCAUUUGAAUCAUGAUGAAAAAAAUGAAGGCACGACGGGAAAUACAAAAAACGAUAAUACUAACGAUUCUUUAGAAUGUUCAUCACAAUAUGAACAUAAUGACAUUAUAAAUAAGAAUACUAAUAUAUUAAUACAUAAUAAUAAUAAUAAUAAUAAUAAUAAUAUACCUAUUAGUAAUAAUUCAUGUGAUAAGAAUUAUUUUAUUCCAAAUCAGAAUUCAUGUCACGAGAUAAAUAAACUAGAAACGUGGCUAAAAAAAUAUUUCAGCCAACAUAUCAAUCCUACAUUAUUAUGCUCAAUUAUAUAUUCUCUUAUUAAAGGUAAUUGUUUAUUACAAUAUGAUUUAUUAAUAGUAUUAACCAAAUUGUCCCUAAUUUUUUUAGAAGAAUUUAAAUAUUCUGAAUUAGCAAAUAUUUGUCUGGCACUAUCCGAAGCAUACAUACGUGCUUCAGAAGAAAACAAUAAACAAAAUGAUUUAAUUAGUAUAUAUCAAAAAGAAGAUUAUACACAUAUAUAUAAUGAAAAAUUAUAUAAUGGUCAUCAAAUAUUUCCAAAUAAAAAUAUUCCCACAUAUGAUAAAAAAUUAUAUUAUUCAUCAAAAGAAUAUUUAUUCAUAUCUAAUUUAUUUUUUGAUCAAGUCCAAAUUUAUUUAAAUAAACAAACACAAUUAUUUACUGAUAUACAUACUAUUUAUAAAUUCAUAACAUCUUUCGGUUCCUUAAAAAUGAACAAAUAUGCCAACAUAUCCUUACAUUUGUUUCAUCUAUCCAUUUUUGAAAUAAAAAAGUUAUCCUAUCUUCCUCUUCAAAAAAUGGCUAACUCAUUCAUGCAAAUGAAUGUCUAUAAUGAAGAUGUCUAUGCAUAUAUUAACAAAUUACAAAAAAUGAAGAAAAUAAAAAAAUAA